UGACGUUGUUUAAUCUGUGCUUUGCAAAGUACAAAGUGUCGGUUCAUUGUUUGUAUCGUUAAUUGUAAUUAUAUCAGUUUAUAAUGCCAAUAGAGAUUCUGGAAGAAGAGGGUUUGGAGAAAAACCCGAAUUUAGAGUUGGCUCAAACGAAAUUUUUAUUGAGCCUCCCGGAACACAAAAAUGAUCCUUUGUUAAAGAAUAAACUGCUAGAUGCCAUUAAAGCAGAAAACAUGGCUCCCUUUUAUGAAGAAGUAUGUAAAGAUUUGGAUUGGACAGUAGACGAAGCCCUUUUGUCUGCAAUGAAAGCUCGCAAUAUGGAACAAUUAAAAACACUGGAUGAUGCGAUUGAGGAUGCUGAAAAAAAUUUAGGUGAAAUGGAAGUUCGUGAAGCCAAUCUUAAAAAAUCUGAACAUCUUUGUCGAAUAGGGGAUAAAGAAGGUUCCAUCUCUGCAUUUAGAAAGACUUAUGAUAAAACUGUGUCUUUGGGACACAGAUUAGACAUUGUAUUUCAUAAUAUUAGGAUUGGAUUGUUUUAUUUGGACCAUGAUCAUAUAACAAAAAACAUAGAAAAAGCUAAAAGUUUAAUAGAAGAGGGUGGCGAUUGGGAUAGACGAAACCGUCUAAAAGUAUAUCAAGGAACAUAUUGUAUAGCUGUUCGUGAUUUUAAAGAAGCUGCAAAUUUCUUUUUGGAUACAAUUAGUACAUUUACAAGUUACGAAUUAAUGGAUUACAAUACAUUUGUCAAAUACACAGUAUACUUUAGUAUGAUAAGUUUACCUAGGAACGAACUUAGAGAUAAAAUUAUCAAAGGUUCUGAUAUUUUGGAGGUACUUCACAGUAAUUCGGAUGUCAAAGAUUAUUUAUUUUCUUUAUACAAUUGCCACUAUGCCGAUUUCUUCAAGAAUCUUGCUCACGUCGAAGGUUUAUUACGUAGGGAUUACUUAAUAUUCCCUCAUUAUCGGUAUUACGUUAGAGAAAUGCGUAUUCUCGCGUACACGCAACUAUUGGAAUCUUACAGGUCUCUGACACUACAAUACAUGGCAGAAGCUUUUGGUGUUACAGUAGAAUACAUUGAUCAGGAACUAUCGCGUUUCAUUGCAGCAGGAAGAUUGCAUUGCAAAGUCGAUCGCGUCGGUGGAGUAGUAGAAACCAAUAGACCAGACAGCAAAAAUUGGCAAUAUCAAGCUAUGGUCAAACAGGGAGACUUGUUGCUUAAUAGGGUGCAAAAAUUAUCACGUGUCAUUAAUAUUUAAUUGCAUAAAGAAUAAAUCGACAAUACAAUAUCAAACCGUGAAAUCUCCUUAUUUCCAUGCUUGACAUUCUUUUAGGUCAAUUUGUAUUGUACUUGAUCAUAAUUUUGCAUAAAAGAAUUUCAUUAUAAUUAUCAACUUUUACUAUAAAAAUAUACAUAUUAAAUGUCGUCUUUGACAAA